AUGGUUCGCAAAACGAAAAACCAGCUCCGAAGGGAACGUGCGAAACAGAGGAAGAGCUUGUCUGAAACCGUCCAGCAACAGCUUCCUGAAAUCAAAAAAGACGUGGAUGGGGCAGAAACACCGGACUCGCCUGUGGACGUGGUGGUUGAAGACGCCCCAGUAGACGAUGUUGCUGAAUACCAGGCUAUUUUUGAUAAGUUCAAUAAGCCAAAGGAAUCACCAAUUGGAGACGGACAUGACAAUGAACAGAAAACAGAAGAGGCGAAGUCGGAGUACGAGGGUUUUGAAAAAGAUGAUCUUCCCGAGCAGCUAUCAAAACGUCAGUUCAAGAAAAAGUACCAGAUCCCAUUGGCAUACUUGAAAGCUGAGUCGGACAAGCCUGAACUUCUGGAGAUGGCGGACGUGAACUCACCGGAUCCGCGACUUCUCGUGUAUUUGAAGACACUCCAUAAUGCGACUCCUGUUCCGCAACACUGGGGUGCUGCCAAAGGAUUUUUAAUGGGUAGAAGGAAUUACGACAGGCCCCCUUACCAGUUGCCCAAGUUCAUUGCAGAUACGGGAAUCAUACAAAUGAGGAGUUCGAUGAACGACAAAGAGACGACUCUAAAACAGCGAAUGAGAGAAAGAGUGCAACCGCGAAUGGGUCAACUAGACAUCGAUUUCAACAAAUUAUACGACGCAUUUUUCAAAAACCAGUCAAAGCCGGAUCUCCUGCGCUAUGGAGAGGUCUAUUUCGAGGGUUUGGAGAGCAUCGAGCUUCUGGGGCCAUUUAAAGUUAGCAAGUAUCGUCCAGGAGUGAUGAGUCCUCGGCUCCGUGAAGCUCUGGGAAUGAUUGGACCUAAGUCGAGAUUGCCACCAUGGUAUGAAAAAUUCCAAAAAUUGGGGCCACCACCAGCUUAUCCCUAUAUGCGUAUCAACUCUGACGGUACUGUUUCUUUUGACAACGAUCAGAGAACAGUGGUCAACAGAGCAGAGCCCGUGGAUCGCACGAGAUGGGGAGAACUGGAGGAAGUAUAUGAAAGCGAGAGUGAGGAGGAAGCAGAUCAAGGAGCAGAAAAAGAAGAGGAAGAACAGCGCCCCAUGCGAACAGAGCAAGAGUCAGACUCCCAGUACAUCGCAGCUGCAGGAGAUGUGGCCAUUGAUAGUAUUGAAGCUGAAGGCACUCCAUUACAGAACGCUCAAGCACAGCAAGAUACCAACGAAACGGACGAUGGAGGCCCUAAGAAGCUAUACACAGUUUUGAAGGAGAAAAAGGGGGGGCAGCACGAGAGUAUCUAUGGCUCUGAAACUCUCGCUUACGAUCUGAAACGCACCGGAGAUGUGGAGUCCGUGCCACCUUCGAAGAGGCGCAAGGAACUGCACAAUGACGAUAAGAAGGAAGAGAAAUUUAGAUUCUGA